AUGAGUAGCAUAAUAAUAAGAAAUCAACCAGUCAAUAGGCAGUUUCAGCAUGUCGCAAGGAGUCUGCCGCAAUGGUUUAUUAGACACAAAUCUACAGCCGCCUCACCAGAAGAAAUCAAACAUUUCCAAGAGCUGGCUCCUACAUGGUGGGACACGAAUGGUUCUCAAAGAAUACUUCACAAGAUGAAUCUAGCAAGAUUAGACUUUAUCAGAAACACAUUGAAUAAAACAGUCAAAAUUACGGAUCCUAAUACGUUUAUACCAGGUUAUAACUACAAGGAAUUCUUGCCAGAAAGUAUAUCACAUACAAUUGCGAAGGAAUGGAAUCAGUCUCUGACCAAAGAAUUAGAAAAAAGACAGUAUAAUGUACUGGAUAUCGGCUGUGGUGGUGGUAUCCUUUCUGAAUCGAUGGCAAGACAACCGUUUGUGAAACAAGUACUUGGAAUUGACUUAACUCCAGAUUGUAUAUCUGUUGCCAAAAUGCAUGCUAAAUCAGACCCUGAGUUAAAAGGGAAAGUAGAAUAUCGCGAAGUUGCACUGGAGGACUUAAAACAGAAGGACUACGAUAUCAUUACUUGUUUUGAAAUGUUGGAGCAUGUAGAUAGACCAGGCGAUAUCCUCGAACAAGCGUGGAGAAGAUUAAAACCUGAUGGCCUGUUAUUCCUGAGUACUAUUAAUAGGGAUCUUAUUUCCUGGUUUACCACUAUAUUUAUGGGAGAAACAGUUUUGAAGAUUGUACCAUCGGGGACCCAUCAUUUGAGUAAAUAUAUCAAUUCGUCGGAAAUAGAAGAAUGGUUUCAAGAGAAACAUCCUCGAGACCAUAAAUUAUUGGAUUUAAAAGGUACGAUGUAUGUCCCUACACAAGGUUGGGUAGAGCACGAUUGCGCCAGAAUCGGUAACUACUUCAUGGCUGUCAAGAAACUCCAUUAG